AACCUCUACACAAUAUAAACAAAACAGAUUUAACGCUGAAUCUGGCGCAGUAAUGUUAAUUAAUAACCGUGUGCGGGUUUUGCUGUAACUAAAGCAGCUAUGAGGUCUGUUAACCGGCUGUUUAGUCGUCAAUGUAGGUUGAUUUGCAGGAAUGUGUCCUCAUACACACAAGGACAGAGUCCAGAAGCGAGAAUUAGAGAGUAUUUCUACUAUAUCGAUCAUCAAGGACAGCUCUUUCUGGAUGACACCAAGGUGAAGAACUUUGUCACCUGUUUCAAAGACCAGCAGUUCUUAGUUUUCUUCUUCAGCCGUCUGAAAGUCAACCAGUGCGGCCGCUAUCAGCCGGACUUCCCGUUUGUCUCGCUCUGCGGACGCGAGCGCAACUUCCUGCGCUGCGAAGAUCAACCCAUAGUUUUCACUCACCUGAUUUUAGAGGCGGGGCUUGAGGAGCGUCUGUCAUACUGUGGGGGCGGAGCUAAGCUGAGCGUUCCAUUCCGCCCACAAUCCUUAUUCAUGCACCCCAGCAGUGGCAGAGUUUACCAUCCCGGGCCGGAGCGGACUGGAGGAGCGGGACUGCUGAGAUCAGCUCUCGCUAUUGAGAUCAGUCCACAUUUUGGGUACGACACAGGACAGGAUGGCACAGCAGCACAGCCCACUCACUUCACAUGGGCAGGUCAACGACACACUCUCAGCAAAGAGUUGGAGAAACAUUUCCCUGAGCAAAAAGAGGAAUGCAUGAAGAUACGGUGAUUCAACAUGCAAGUACACUGUUGAAAUAACACCACAAACCAAUUUAAAGUUGAAUUCAAGCUCUUUCAAUGAACUUAUGUUUGUUUUUAAGUACUUUCCAGGCCUUGAAUCCUCCCUUCAAGAAGCCUGAUUUACCUGUUAUGCAGAUUUCUAUUAGAGUAGUGUUUAAGAAAGGACACAAAGCUUAAAUAUACAUUAUAAAUAAUAUCUGUCAAUGAGCAGUUUCUGUAUUUUGGGUUUAUUUAUGGUUGUGGAUUGCAUUAUAGGAUGUUGAUCUCUGCUCUGUCCACUACUGAUGUUAAAAAUUCAACUCUACAGUUUAACAAAGUGACUUUAUUGACAUUUUAGUCAUACGAGAAACAAUAUCUAGAGAAAUAAGUGUGUAAAAUAACAGAAAAUGUGCUGCGGUUUAUUACAAGGUGUUUAUAGUGUAAUAUACCACACCAACCCUGACAAUACAGCACUGCACACUAUUACAAAUGACAAUAAAAGACACUUUUUUUGAACAUUUCAGGGUUAAAAGUUGCUGAACAAAAGGAUCAAGCUCCCAUAAUGCAAUUCAGAAGCAUAAAUAAACAGGGAAAAAUCAAAAAUACAGUCACAACAUACAGAAAAGUGCUAAUUUGCAGAUAUUUUUAGUGUAAAUGCAAGAUCAAAUAAAUAUAACACGCAUGUGAAAUAAUAGAAAAUACAGUCACAACAUAACAAUGACGACCUGAAUGAAACAUUUUCCUGUGCAAAAAGAUGAACGCAUGAAGAUACGGUGAUUCAACAUGCAAGUACACUGUUGAAAUAACACCACAAACCAAUUUAAAGUUGAAUUCAAGCUCUUUUAAUGACCAUAUGUUUGUUUUUAAGUACUUUCCAGGCCUUGAAUCCUUCUUUUAAGAAGUCUGAUGAACUAAUGGAGCAUUAUUAUAAAGUGCUGCACAGAUUUUUAUUAGAGUAGUGUUUAAGAAAGGACACAAAGCUUAAAUAUACACUAUAAAUAAUAUCUGUCAAUGAGCAGUUUCUGUAUUUUGGGUUUAUUUAUGGUUGUGAAUUGCAUUAUAGGAUGUUGAUCUCUGCUCUGUCCACUUUUGAUGUUGAAAAUUCAACUCUACAGUUUAACAAAGCGACUUUAUUGAGAUUUUAGUCAUUUGAGAAAUAAUAUCUAGAGAAAUAAGUGUGUAAAAUAACAGAAAAUGUGCUGCGGUUUAUUACAAGGUGUUUAUAGUGUAAUACACAACACCAACACAGACAAUACAGCACUGCAGACUAUUACAAAUGACAAUAAAACACACUUUUUUUAACAUUUCAAUGUUUAAAGUUUCUAGGCUUCCAAGCUGAAGCGUUUAAAGCUGAACAAAAAGGAUCAAGCUCCCAUAAUGCAAUUCAGAAGCAGAAAUAAACUGGGAAAAAUCAAAAAUACAGUCACAACAUAACAAUGAAGACCUGAAUGAAACAUUUCCCUGUGCAAAAAAGAUGAACGCAUGAAGAUACUGUGAUUCAACAUGCAAAUAAACUGUUAAAAUCCUGCUCAAAUGAAUGUAUAGUUGAAGGCAAAAUUAUUAGGCUUCCUGUGAAACUGCUGUUUAAUGGAGAGGAACACAUUUUUAAUAACUGAUUUCUCUUUGUCAUGAUGACAGUAAAUAAUAUUAGACUAGAUAUUCUUCAAGAUACUAGUAUUCAGCUUAUAGUGACAUUUAAAGGCUUAACUAGGUUAAUUAGGGUAAAGUUAGGAUAAUUAGGCAAGUCAUUGUAUAACAGUGGUUUGUUCUGGAGACAAUCAGAAAAAAAAAGUUUCUAAGGGGGUAUAAUAAUAACCUUAAAAAUAUAUUUUUUUAAAUCAAGGCUUUGUUAUUAUAGGGAAUAUUGCUUUCACAGGAGGGCAAAUAAUAUUACCUCUAACUGUAUAUUCUGAAGAUACUGUAGUAAUAAAUGUAUAUAUUGUGUCA